AUGUCUUUUAUGAACAAAGUCAAGAACGCCAUUUCUAACCACCAGAGCUCUGGGAAGAGGUCAUCCGUUGAAAAUCAAACGAACGACACCGGUUUGCAUCAGGACUCUAAUAUGAACAAGGGACCUUCUGGUAAGUUUCUCAAGCCAAAAUCUGAUUGGAUUGCUAACUCUCGGCAGAUGCCGGCAAUGCAUACAGACCUUCAGAUGCUCGCAACAGCAUGGGGCCAGGCAGCUACAAUUCCAACUUGA